AUGGCCGAUCUUCAGGCGACGGUCGAGUUCGCGGUCGAACUGUACAAAUUCUACAACGUGGAUCUGUUCCAGCGCGGACUGUACCAGGUGCGAUGUUCGUUGCGCGUUUCCCCGCGACUUCCGGUGCAAGUCGAGACGUGCCUACCGGACGCAGCAACCGCCGGUAUACCCUCAGUGCAGUCCGUGUUGAGUCAAAAUGGCGGCGGUGGCACCGCCAGCAACGUCACCUCCACCGGCAGCACCAACAACGGUGGGACGGCAAAUGGUAGCGUUGGAGCGGGCUCUACCACGAGCGGCAUUGCGAGCGGUCCCGGAACCGGAAGUGGCUCCCUGCCGAGCAGUAACACCGGAAGUGUCGGUGGUGGCGGUGGACUGCCCGCCAUUGGAACCUCGACCGGCAAUGGCCCUUCUACCGGGUCACAAAGCUCGACGGGCCGACCGGAAGUGGGCCCGUGCCUGUCAUCUGCCGCUAGCAGUGGCAUUCUUGCCGGUGGUGGCUCAAUGUCCUCGAUGCCAAGCAGCAGUUCGAUGCCUACACCCAGUUCGGCCGCUACAGCACCGUCUCUAGGUGCGGCUGGAGUCCCUGGAAUGGGGGUGUGUACGAACGGAACGAAUGGGGGUGGGGGUAGCAGUGGAAACUCCCCCACUGCUAGCUCCGACAGCCGAUCCGGAGCGACCAUCAUCGACGACACCGGCGCUUCGCGUGUCUUUCAGAUCCUGUAUCGCAACGAGGAAGUGUCGUUGCGUGACGUCAUCAUGUUCCGGGCGCACCUGCUAGUUGACAGCCGGCACCUGAAGGAGUCGAUCGAACGAGCCGAGUUUUCGCUCAACCUCGAGCUGUGGUUCGGCGAGCAAACGACUGGCAACGUGCUGACACUGGCUUCGACGCGUACCCUUCAGUUGAACUUCCAUCCUGGCCGAGGUCUACACUACCACCUGCCAGUGCUGUUCGACUACUUCCACCUGGCCGCCGUUAGUGUUGGAAUACACGCAAGCCUGGUAGCCCUGCACCAACCGUACAUCAAUGCUCCCAAGUCGACGAAACCCUGGAUGGGCAGCUCGAAGUUGAACUGCCGUGGUGGCAACUCACCUGGACCACUCGAGGCGAUCUUCUUCGGACCGCAGGUCGGUAGUGGCGCCAAAUGUGGUGGCGGUUCCGCCGGUCGGCUGUUGCACGCUCGGAACGUUCACAAAGAAAUCUGUGCCUUGCUGUUGGGAGCCCUCGAAUCACUCCGGCUGUCCCUGCAGGAGUUCUGCACGGUGCUCCCGCACCAGUGGACGGCACUGACCGGUUCCACGCCCCUGUCCAACCUCGACACCGAGCAAAGACUGAGGAAGCUGUCCGAUUUGGCGAAGCUUCUCGACACUGAGGACGAUCUGGCGGCACGUGCCAACUCGGACAUCGCACAGCUGUGUGCUGAGUGUAUCCUGUACUGGCGGAGAGUCCUUUCGGCGGCCACACAACCUGCUGUACAUGGACUACUGGCUAAAAAACACCACACGCUGCGUGUUCGACGCUUCGCCGAGGGAUUCUUUGUGAUCGACAACCCACGCCACUUAGCGAGCGGGUGUUACGACUCCAACUAUCAAAACUACGUGUCCAUCUGCGAACUAGCCCGUCGAUCACGUUACUUAUCGUCCUUGCCUCCUCUGCCGGUGCAUUGUACACCGUUAGAUGGCGAUGCAAAUUCGCUGCCACUCAUCUUCGAGGAUCGGUACACGGAUGCGCACGAGUACGGCAAAAGGCGAUCAGGAAGCGAACCACACCUGAACGGUUCUCAUGGAGCAGCUGGGUUGUCGUUGACUGGUCCUGGUCCUGGUGGUCAGUCAACUUUGGUGAAGCAACAAAAGCAACACCAUCAUCCGAACAAGAUCGCUCCGAUUGUCUCAAACACUGGCAAGGAAUGCUCCUGUGGGAUAGCCACCUGUUACAUCGAACCGGUGCCCAAGAUUUGUGGCAGUUACAUGGGCAUCAUGACCCCACGGUACGCCCUUGGCGGUGAUAUCCUUCAAGCGAGCCUCACCAUUACACCUGCAGCGGCUGCCUCACAGAACGGACUGUGUCCAAAAGCGCUCUCUCGACAUUCCGUUUCGACGUUGUUGGAACCGGCCCCAAUGACCGACAGUUGUCCUUGGGAUCAGCAGUUUAAGGGUGUCUACACGACUGGCCCAACGAGUGGUGGACUCGCCGGAGGGACUCUUCCGACACGGCACAGUAAAUCGCUCGAUCAGCUCGAAAUACAACCGAUCGGAUCUGCUUCUUUGCCGCGACAACACGUCCACGGAACAGCUGGUGGUGCCAACUAUAACGGGUAUGGGCAACAACCAUCGCAACAACCUCCACAACUAACCGGUGCGCCUAUGCAACACCGCCAAUCGAUAUCGUACCAACAACAGCAGCAACAGCAGCUGUCACAACAACUGCAUCAGCUGUCAGCAGUUGGAGGAGUCGCGCUGCUGCAAACGCUGCCCAAAUCGAAACCCAAAAACCCCGUCCAAGCGGAGGACCUGCUGAAAAACAUCAACGAGUUCCGGGAGAAGUACAAAAACCCGGGUGAUCCACGAAAAAUGCUGCACGCUGGUGGCACGGCAACGCACAACCCUACGUACGAUUUGCAGCAGGAUGUCGCCCUCGGUAUGUCGGCGUUGUUAAACGGGUACGCCAAACCGAUCGGAGAUUAUCGGCAUGAGUUGAAGCAACAACAGCACGGAUCUCGUGCUCCUCAGCAACACUCGCAGGAGCCGACACUUGCCAUCGAUCCUGCGACCGGUGGUACGUACUACAACUCUCUACCCAAAGGCGCUAGUCUUGGAGCACCUCGGAGCUCUUUUCCACCGGUUCGCAGCAAAAAGCAACUACAGCAGCAACAACAACAGCAGCAGCAGCAAUAUCAACAGCAACAACAAUCGAGCUCAACAUCACUCCCGACGAAGUCGGCUUCGAACACGAUUCCACGCAGCAACUCUUCGCAACAACUGCGUCAGUUAGCUCACGUCGGAGGUCAAUCACUGUCGAUUGGAGGUGUUAACAGUGCUACUUUGCCACACCGAUCGGUGGAAUUCGCUCGGAUUCGUGUGUCUGACUUCAAGCAGCUUGUUGGUCAUGGCCCACAACGACGCAGUACGUCCAACGGAAGUACACACAAGCUCGGAAGUGGUACCACCGGUAGUGCGUCGGCUAACAUCGGUAGAGAUUCGAGUAGUUCUGGAACCAGCCCUGAAAUGACGCCACGAACGCGCACCAAACAACGCCGACUGUUGUCCUCCGCUAGUGUGCCGUUUCAGCUGGAAAACCUCGAGCUAGAACCGGUCCGGACUGCUGGUGUUGUGCCUGGAGCUGGAACAGGUACAGGAGGCUUUAGUGAGAGUCUACCAAAUUUAGCACCACCUCCGGCCGCCUUUGCGUGUGAUUCUCCCCCGGCACCGGUUGGGGGUGCGUUCCGAUUGCGACGUCGCCAUUCGAGCAGUGAGUCGACUUCAUCACUGAGCGAACAAUCUGGAUGGGUCUCGAGUCGACGUAGUACCGGACCAUCCAGCCCGGACACAUUGCGCAAUGAUCAGCGUGUGGUGAAUGGUGAACAACUGCGUAAGCGCUUGUUAAAGCUGCUGAGUGAGCAACCACGUCCGGUGCUGGAUCGGAAGAACAGCACACCCUCCUCGACGACGGAGUUCUUCGCACGGAGCAACCAGAGCUCGAUGAAAUCGAAGUCGGGCCCAGGAGAUGUGCCUCGUGGUGCCUCAGUGCAAACGGAGAACUGGAACAACCUCGAGAAGGAGUGGAAUGAUACGCGAGCUAGAGCUGCGACGACUGGUCCUUAUGGUAUGGUGAGCGGAAAGCGUGCUCCUGAAGGUCCGGUUGAUGCUGAUCGCGUUAUUAGUGCGGCUGACAUAAGACCACCGAGACGCACGAAGAAGGAGAAGUCAAAGUCCGACUUUGAUCUGGCGCAUAUUUCGGAUUACGUGUUUGAUGACCUUCGGUUGUUGCCACCGCAGCAGUUCCGUGAUGUUCCGCCACCUCCUGAUGAGUUUCGGGAUCCUCCUUCGUUCAUUGAGGAUGUGACGAAAACAAGGGAAAAGGGUGGAAAAAGUGCGAAAACCGAAACCCGGGAUUCUGCAGCUGCAUUGGGGCCACUUAGCAUUCCUCCACCUGAACAGCGUCAGAAGGCUUCAAAGGAAGAUCAACAACAGCACCAACAACAACAACAACAACAGCACCAACAACAACAGCAGCAGCAGCACCAACAACAACAACAACAGCAACAACAGAUGAUGCAGCAACAACAGGCACCGGUACAGCAACAAACUCAGCGUCAACAGGUGCAGUACUACGCCACUCUGCCGAAAAGUCACCCACCUGUUGCGAUGACUCCACUGUCGGUCAUCUUUCAACCCCAGAUCAUCACAGCACCGCAACAACAACAACAACAACAACCGCAACACUACGCUACACCCCAAACACUGAUGCAGCACCAUCAUUACAGCAAACCAAUCAACGGAACGUCCUGUAUGGGUGGAAACGUCAAUCAACCAGUAAUAGCAAAACCCAAAUGUGAAGUACAAGCGAUCGACAACCCGCUGUACCACAUCUACGAGGUGGUCAAAACUCCUCGGCCCGUCAUGAAGUCCCAAAGCUCGAAUGAACUGGCUGCCAUCGCAAAAUGCGCGGAAACACUCAACAACGCGAACGUCACGAGCGUUUGCAACGUAUCCGUGGCAGCUCAGCUUCAGCAGCAACCGACGAUGGUACCAACGGCAACAUCAACAACCUCCGCAACAGUACCAGCAACACCGGCACCCAAUGGCAAAAUGGCGUACGGAUCUUCAACGUCAGCCGUGGAGCGAAAAACUUCCGUACGAGAAUCACAACCCACACCAGCUGGGGACCCGAUCGGAUCGGGUUCAAUGCGACGCAAAGCCCUCGAUCAACCGGAACCACAUCCAGAUGAAAGCCCCGAUCGGAAGCGUGUUGAUCCACCGAUGUUGCUGCUCGAAUUCGAGAAGUGCCGCGAGGAGUUUCGCAAGCAGAUUAACUACUCCGGUUCGAUCUACUCCGAUUUCCAGAAGAUGGCGUCCGAGAUGCCGUACUUUCACAUCGCUGACGAGUUCCGGGCAUUUUCACCGGCCGGAUUACAUCUGGUGAUCUGUGUGCACGGUCUAGACGGCAACUCGGCCGACUUGCGGCUUGUGCGGACUUACCUCGAGCUCGGUCUGCCAGGUGCACACCUGGAGUUCCUGAUGUCGGAACGCAACCAGGGUGAUACGUUUUCCGAUUUCGACACCAUGACGGAUCGGUUGGUGGCCGAGGUGUUGUACCACAUCGAAACAUAUCAGCUCAACCCCUGUCGCAUCUCGUUCGUGGCACAUUCCCUCGGAACCAUCAUCGUCCGGUCGGCACUGGCACGGCCCCAAAUGCGGCCACUUCUGUCUCGAUUGCACACGUUUCUGUCGCUGUCCGGACCACACCUGGGAACGCUGUACAACUCGAGUGGACUGGUUAACAUGGGAAUGUGGUUCAUGCAAAAGUGGAAAAAGUCAGGUUCGUUGUUGCAGCUGUGCCUGCGAGAUGCGCCCGAUCCGCGUCAGAGCUUCUUGUACAGGUUGAGUCAACGAAGCACUCUGCAUCACUUCAAGAACGUGCUGUUGUGUGGAUCGUCCCAGGAUCGAUACGUUCCACCGCACUCAGCCCGACUCGAAUUAUGCAAGUCAGCCGUACGGGAUCAGUCCAACCUCGGGAUCGUGUACCGGGAAAUGGUACACAACAUCAUCGCCCCGAUGCUGGCUCGACAGGAUCUAACGUUGGCCCGAUUUGAUGUGCAUCAUGCUUUGCCUCACACGGCAAACGCACUGAUCGGUCGAGCGGCUCACAUCGCAGUGCUUGACUCUGAACUGUUCAUCGAGAAGUUCCUGCUGGUGGCUGGGUUGAAGUACUUCAGCUAG